AUGUUUAAAUGUUAUUCUGGACGAAAAUUUUCAUGUUUUCUACGUCUGGUCACUAGGAAUUUGGAAGUUCCAAUGAGUUGGGAGAUCCCAAGUACUGCAAAGUUGAUGGAACUGCAGAAUCCCAAACCUCUGCAGUAUUUAUCAAGUCAUUUUGCUUCACUCCACCUGCGGAAGGAACCAAAUGCAUCAACACCAGCAUAUAGAGCUAGCGACUGCAAAACCAACGAUUUGGCUGAAACUACAAAGAUGAAGCGGAGGAAGAGCCAUACAGGGAUGCUGAAACAUGGGAUAAGAGUCGGUGGCUCAAAAUUCCUACUUAUUUCAAGGCUAUUGCGUACAUAUAAGUUAAAGAAGAAUCUAUGAAAGUAUAUAAAAUCCCUCUAUUGCAGACAUUUGCUAAGACAUAUUUUCUAUAUAUAAUGGGAUUUUGCUACAGAGAAGGAUAGAAAGAAAUACCUUUGUACAAAGCUGUGAUUGUAUCUCUGUUCAAUAGAAAUCAAAGUAAGCCCAAACAGCACUCACGGAUU